GGGAAGCGCCGAGGUGCCACUUGGCCGCCGGGGCCGCGGCCGUGGGUGCGCGCUGGCAGCGCCGGUUCCCCGCCGUGCCCUCGGCCCCGCCUGAGGCUGCCGCGCCGUGAGGAGCCGCCCGAGUGUUCGCUCUCCCACAGCCCUCCCUGCCGCCUCCCCUGUGAGCAGCACGGUGCGGGUGAAAGUUCCCCCGCCUCAGGGAGCGGACAGAAAGCGGCGAAAUGGAUGACUUCCCCUCCAUCUGCCUGCUGUCCCUGGCCAUGCUGAUCGCCUGCUAUGUGGCAGGAAUCAUACCCUUGGCAGUUAAUUUUUCCGAGGAGAGAUUGAAGUUGGUGACUGUUCUGGGUGCUGGGCUCCUGUGUGGAACUGCCUUGGCUGUCAUUGUGCCAGAAGGAGUACAUGCACUUUAUGAAGACAUUUUGGAGGGAAAGCAUCACCCAGCGAGCGAGAUGCAGCACGCGAUGGAGUCUGAGAAGGUGGCGAAGAUCCCAGCGGUGCACGAGCAUGGCCACGACCAUUCCCGCUUGCACGCCUACAUCGGUGUGUCCCUUGUUCUCGGCUUUGUCUUCAUGCUCUUGGUGGAUCAGAUAGGCAGCUCUCAUGUGCACUCUACAGAUGAUCCAGAAACUGCAAGAUCAGGCAACUCCAAAAUCACCACAACACUGGGACUAGUAGUCCAUGCUGCAGCUGAUGGUGUUGCACUGGGUGCAGCAGCUUCUACUUCUCAGACUAGUGUCCAGUUGAUAGUGUUUGUUGCGAUCAUGUUGCACAAGGCACCAGCUGCCUUUGGCCUGGUUUCCUUCCUGAUGCACGCUGGGCUAGAACGGAAUCGAAUCAGAAAACACUUGCUGGUCUUUGCAUUAGCAGCACCUGUUCUGUCAAUGGUGACAUACUUAGGGCUAAGCAAGAGCAGCAAAGAAGCCCUUUCAGAAGUCAAUGCCACUGGAGUUGCUAUGCUGUUUUCUGCUGGGACUUUCCUUUAUGUUGCCACAGUUCAUGUUCUCCCAGAAGUAGGAGGAAUUGCUCAUAGCCACAAACCUGAAUCAACUGGAGGAAAAGGACUCAGUCGUCUGGAGGUGGCAGCCCUAGUAUUAGGAUGCCUUAUUCCUCUAGUUUUGUCCAUUGGACACCAUCACUAAACGCUCAAAUUUCAAUGUUCUCCUCCUUUGAUAAGACAUGAGCAGUAAAUGUCUGCUGCUCCCUUUAUCAUUCUUUUCCCCAUCAUUCAUCCCAUCCACUUUAUGGAGUUCAGAGGGAAUCUUGAUUGCAAAAUGAGGAAUACUGGGAAAGUUUUUAGUGUAGCAAAAUGUACUUUGGCAGCCGGACACAAAUUCUAUGUAAUUUUCUUCUCUGAAGACAUUUGCUAAUUUAAUUGUUACUUCUGGCCCUAUUCUCAGGGAGGAUGGAACUUGAAGUUUAAGAAAGGUGAGCAGGGAAGAACAUAGCGACUCCUCACAAAAUUGCAAUCACCAAAGUAUCCUGCAGUUCAGCUUUCACAGCUGAGAGCAAAACCCAAGGAUGGCUGCGUUGUGAGAGGUUCAAGUCUCACUAAUGAAGAAGGGGGCUCUCCCCUGUCAGUUCUGUGUUGUCCUGGCAAUGGGACUGGCCCCUGUGAUGCUUGUCACUAACUGUAUUGCAGAAAUGGGCUGCACUGGGAGCUCUGUAUAACGCUGCUACUGUCACAGAGGUGUCACUUGAUAGGAAAGAAACUAUGCAGAUAAUGUGUAGGAUUAGAGGAAGAAAUCAGCUGGUUAAGAAACACUGCAAAACUCAUUUGCACUAUUCCAUCGUUUAAUACAAAGGACAGAAGCAAGAAGAAUAGUGUUUUGAUUUUUAUUCAAUUGCUAAUAAAUUCUAAAAGGCACUGUUUCUUGAGAGAUAGUCUUCUGCCAAGCCAGUCAAGUGUCAAGCACCAAAAAUAUCAGCAGGAAUUAUGUAGGCUACUGGGAUACACUAAUGCUUCUGUUGAGAGAGAUACCCAUAGUGCCCUUUGAAAUAGAGCUGUUCUGGGCUGUGAUGGGUGGAAAUCUGAUGGAGACAGCUGUUGAGGGACCAGAGAACUUUACUAGCUCAUUUUCAAAAACGCUGAACUGCUGAAAUCCGUGGGGGCUGUGUGGGUUUUUCACUAAAUAAAGGUAUUACGGCUAACAAAACAAGAUGUUUAGUUAAAUAUUUAUGCUGCAGAUAGAAUACAAAGUGUUUCUAAAGGAGUUCUGAACAACAAAAACUCAAACCCACCAAAAACCAAUCUGCUGGGUUCCCAGUGGACCUGUUAGACAUUUUGCUUUUCCUUUGGGAAUUGUUCAUUUGCCUCCUACUCAUAAGCAUUAGUUUUGGUGACCCUGCUGGAGCAGUUUCUGCCAAUUGCUGAUGUCUCUCACAACAGAGGAGUGGUACAAGAUCCCUCCAUUUUCAAGGCACAGCUUUGUCUUACCAGGCACCAUUUCCCUUAUGCAAAACAUGUUAUACUGUAAUGUGCAUUGGAAAGUCAGGAAUGCUUGACAUGCUCAGAAUCAGCAUAAAAUUCUUUCUUUAGGGGAAAACUUUUUAAUGCUGGUCCCCUUUUAAGCUAUACUUUGUCUGCACUUUUUGAAGAUAACUUGCCAAAUCUAUUUUUCUUUUUUCGUUGUUUUUUUUAAAAAAGGAUCUUGAAGAAAUACCUUCUUAACUGAAGUUCUUCUUGUUUCCAUAUGAAUGACUGUGACUGUUUGUCAUGCCAUUUAUUACUUAAACUGCAGAGCCCAUUGUGCCUCUAAACUUCUUUACAUUUUUGUUAUUGUCCUGUUUGUCUUUUAGUUCAGAGAGUAAUGGGUAUGGCCUGGCUCUUGGACUAGUGAUGGCUUUGUCUGUUGGCUCUGUAACAGUACUGAUGUAUCCCAGGAUUGAACCUAGUAUUGAUUCCCAGGAGUGCUUGUUCAUUUGUGUGUUUUACUAUGUAAGGUCAGUGCAAAAUUAUUAGAAGUCAUGUUUUCCCAUAAGACAGUAUUUUCAGAUAGAAUUAGUGCUUCAGGCCUAAACUAGCAUUUUUUUUUCUAUUAGACUUUCAAUAUUGUGCUCUGAAAAGCCUCUGCAAAAUUAGUGAUGUGGAUGGGAUCCUCUUCUGUGUGUUUUUCAGGUUUUUUUGUCUGUUUUGGUUUUGGGAUUUUUACAACAUAUGUAAUGCAGUUGAUAAGUGACUGGUUUAAAAAGUUCAGCAGGACAGGUUCCUAACACAUGCAAAUGAUACACAGGGAUGUUUACUCCAGAGUUCUGUUCUUCCUGAUUCCCCCUAGUUACCUUCUUCCUUAAUAAUCUCACUAUUUUACCAUGUUUAAUCCUUCCACAUAACCAUUUCCUAAAGCUGGAGGGCUUUCAAGAGCAGGAGAUAGCUUAGUGCAGCACUAGUGUUUGCCUUUCAUAAAGCAGUAAGUUUUUAUUCUUGAACCUCUGCCCUGUCACUUGCCUGUGCACCCCACCCUGGGAGUUGACACCCUGCCCGAAUUCAGCCUCACUUUGUGUGUUAGUAACAACAGCAGUGGUUGA